GGUCAGCGACCUAGCACGCAUGUAAUAAAGUUUGAAUUUUUCACUUUAGUGUCGAAUGGUGCAAUCUGACAGUCUGGACGGUGUGACUACUUAAAUUAAAUUUGAGUCGACAACACUGCUAUAGUGAGCCAAUCAGUACCUGGCCACUCGACUUUCGACCUUGUAGAUUAUAAUAUCCGAGCACCCAAGUUUCCUAAAAUUUCAAAUCUAUAAUGAGAAUGCAGUCGAUAGAUGGCUUCGAUCUACACUGAUUACGAUAAAAUUUUAUAGCAUAUCGAUCGAAAAUUGUGCAGUUUUGUAAACAACGAACUUCCAAGCAUACGUUAUACGUGUCGAUCAUGGCAGAAAUUGAUGGAAACAUGGUUCUAGCGCAAGCACUGAAAAAACAAGGCAUCGAAUAUGUCUUCGGGAUCAUCGGCUAUCCGGUCAUCGAACUCUCCAUGGCCCUCCAACAGGCCGACAUCCACUACAUAGGCAUGCGCAACGAGCAGGCCGCUUGCUACGCCGCCCAGGCCAUCGGCUACCUGACGGGCACUCCCGGCGCCGUUCUGGUGGUGUCCGGCCCUGGACUGAUACACGCCUUCGGCGGCAUGGCGAACGCUCAAACCAACUGUUGGCCGGUGUUGGUGAUCGGCGGAUCAGCGCCGCAAGAUCACGAAGGGAUCGGGGGAUUCCAGGAGUGUAAUCAGGUAGAACUUGCAAGGCCAUAUUGUAAAUAUUCAGCAAGACCUCCAAGUAUUGCCCUCAUCCCAAUGCAUGUUGAAAAAGCUGUCCGCUUAACCAAAACUGGAAGACCCGGUGCUGCUUACCUAGAUUUUCCCGCAAAUAUUUUAUCGGGUCGUGUCUCAGAAGAAACAAUUCCUAACCAGUAUGGACCUGUGGCUAUCCCAAUAAUAUAUCCUGAUCCAGCUGAAAUUGAAAAGGCAGUUGCUGUCUUGACCCAAGCUAAAAAACCUCUAGUGAUAGUUGGUAAAGGUGCAGCCUAUUCCAGAGCGGAAAAUGAAGUGAGACAUUUGAUCCAGUCAACUGAUCUACCAUUUUUGGCAACACCAAUGGGAAAGGGUGUAAUACCAGAUAUUUCUCCAAAUUGUGUAGCUUCAGCUAGGUCUUCUGCGCUUCAACAGGCUGAUGUGAUUCUUCUUCUUGGAGCGCGUUUGAACUGGAUGCUCCACUUUGGCCGGCCUCAGAGAUAUUCGCCAGAUGUGAAAAUAAUCCAGAUAGAUCUGGCCGCUGAGGAACUUCAUAAUAGCGUCGAAGCUGCAGUAGCUAUCCAGAGUGAUAUCAAGGUUGCUGUCGAGGCAAUAGUUAGGAAACUGAAAGAAAAAAGAUAUACUUUCAGUAAACGAAGUGAAUGGUGGGAACAUUUAAUAAGAAAAUGUCAAGAUAACCAGAGAAUUGUGAAGGCAAUGGCUGCUGAUGAAACAGUCCCACUCAACUAUUACGCGGUUUUCAAAAAUGUAUUCGAAAACUUACCAGAAGACUGUAUUAUAGUUAGUGAAGGUGCCAAUACCAUGGAUAUAGGAAGAACAAUGUUACUCAAUAAUCAGCCACGUCAUCGAUUAGAUGCUGGUACCUUUGGUACGAUGGGGGUCGGCUUAGGCUUUGGUAUUGCAGCAGCUCUGUAUUGCCGUCAUAAUGAGCCCAACAAAAGGGUGAUUUGUGUGGAAGGUGAUUCCGCUUUCGGAUUUUCUGGAAUGGAAAUCGAAACUAUGGUCAGAUAUAAGUUACCAAUCAUCAUUGUGAUUGUCAAUAAUUCUGGUAUUUAUACUGGAAUGGAAGCUGAUAUUUUGAACGAUAUUCGAGAUAGUGUUGGUGUUGAAGAAAUUACCAAAGUGUCACCUCCUGGAUGCCUUUCUAGCGCAACUCGAUACGAUAAUAUGAUGAAAUUAUUUGGAAGAUCUGGAUAUUUCGUGAACACCGUUCCAGAAUUGAGAAGUGCAAUAAAAGAUGCAUUGAAAACGAAUGAUGGACCAACUAUUAUCAACGUCAUAAUCAGUUUAACAGCUGACAGAAAACCGCAGUCAUUCAAUUGGCUCACGGAAUCCAAAUUGUGAACAUAUAAACAAGUUUUUUUUCUAUAAUAUAUGCAGUUGAGUUAACCAAAUUUAUUAUUAUUAUAUUUUCGAGGUGUCAUCCGUAUUUUCCACACACAAUAGUGUUCAAUAUAGAGAC